AACAGGUUUAUGUAAUAGGCAUGAUAUCGAGCGAUAAAGAAAAAAUAAAACAAUUCAAGUUGGCAGCAGGCACUGAGGGAACGAGUUCUGAGGCGUACAAUUCUGAUGAAGAUUUGGAAUUGCUUUUUGAAUCUGUGCCGACAAUGGACUCAAAUGUGGUUAUUUCAGACACUGAAACUGAUGGGAAAGGAACUCCAAAAUCAAGUGGACGAUGUCGAGAAUCGGAAGAAGCAGUCAUUUGUGAUGUCAACGGCUCAACACAGGGCUCAAGCAACAAGAAACUUAAGCCCGGGAAGAUUGAAAAGCCAUGAUAUUGAAUUAUUAUUUGCUAUUUAAUUUCGUACCGCCUUUUAUACUUUUGUUCACGUAUUGUUUCACACAAUUUUGAUCUUAGACUUCUCAAUGCCAUUGAAUUUUCAUUUGAUAUUUUAUGAGUGUUAUUUUGAGUGUGUAAGACAGUAAGAAUAUUGACUUUAAUGCUAC